AUGGCGUCUAGCACUCAACACACCACCCUGCUUCCUACUCAGUACCACCACCUUCUUUCAGAAUACCAUACACACUUUGAUGCCACAUCCACUACAUCCUCUAACAUCACUUCGCUCAAAGUCACCCACGAGACACAAUGUCGGAAACUACAGUCGUCCAGGCAAAUCGACGCCGCAACAGAGGUCCUCAACGCAGCCGAUACAUCGGCAACGGUCGUCCGGGUGAACGGCCGCUUCGCGGUAAAAGUCGGUCUCCAAGUGCCCCUCAUCGAAGCCGAAACCAUGAAGUUCCUCGCGGCGAACAGCAAAGUCCGCAUUCCCAAAGUGUACGACGCAUUUGUUGAUCCGGAGUCCAACAAGACCUACAUCAUCAUGGACCACGUCCCUGGAGAUACGCUGCGAGAUCUUCUCCCGUCACUUGGCCGUGAUGAGAAAGCUAGAAUCUGCGAGCUGAUCAAGAAUAAGCUUACGAAGCUACGGAGCAUACCAGCGCCGGAUUACUUAGGAAUGAUUGACCACUCGCCUUACCUCGAUGGCGUCUUUUGGAACUGCGGAUUGGAUCCAAAAAUCUGUGGGCCGUUUGCUAGUGAGGAGGAAUUGAACUGCGGCAUGAUUGAGAAACUCCGGCAGACGGAAUCCGAGCAGUAUAUCCGCUUGUUGCGGACGAUGAUGGAUCGGACUCUGCAUGGGCACCGGACUUUGUUUACGCAUGGCGACCUCCAGCCGAAGAAUAUUAUGGUUGAGCGACUUGACGAUGGCGAUGGAGCCCCGGAUUUUAAAAUCACCUUGAUCGACUGGGAAAGUGCGGGAUGGUACCCGGAGUACUGGGACUUUUGCAAUGCUACAGUUGCUUGUAGGUUCAAGCGAGACUGGCUUGAACUUGUGCCGGAUAUCCUCGACGAAUACCCCUUGGAGUUUCUGAUGAUGCAGGUGGUCUAUUCUUCUGUGUACUACUAG